CAACCCUCCACUUUUGUACAUUGCUAACGCGUCCUUUGCUCCAUCUAUUGCUAAGAAAGCAUUGAACGCUGAACAGCUUCUCAACAUGGUGAAUAGAGGCUUGUUCAUCGUUCUGGAGGGACUGGAUAGAUCAGGCAAGUCAACUCAAGUGUCACGACUGCACGAUCAGCUGGAGCAGGAUGGACACAAAGCCAGAAUUCAGAAAUUUCCUGACAGAAUCACCGCUAUUGGCAAGAUGAUAGACAGUUAUCUGCGAUCGGAAGCUGAGCUGGACGAUCGAGCCGUGCAUUUACUAUUCAGUGCGAACAGAUGGGAAUGCUGUCAGGCUAUCGAACAAAGCCUUCAGGAUGGUGUCACCGUGAUAGCAGAUCGUUAUGCGUUUUCUGGCAUUGCUUUCUCAGCUGCAAAGGGGCUACCUUUCGACUUUUGUGCCAGCCCUGACAUAGGAUUACCGCUACCAGACGUCACAUUAUAUCUUACAGUGUCGCCUGCCGCUGCCGCCAAGCGAGCCGCUUAUGGAACGGAGCGCUAUGAACAGGUCGACUUGCAAAACAGGGUGCGAGAGCAAUUCAAGCUGGUGGCGGACAAAGUGCGGACAAUGCAUGGUCCUGAUAGAUGGGUGGAGGUGGAUGCCGAGGGGAGUAUAGAUCAAGUGUGGGAGAGGAUAUGGUCUCAAGUGAAAGCUAUUGAAUCGAAGAAGGGAGAACAGAUACAUCGACUAUGGACAUGACAUUGCUGCUGCUUGGGAGAAAGUACGCAAAAAUAGCUUGGAAAAAUAAUAGCUUAUGAGCCCUUUUGUACAAACGAUCCAUCUCUCUCUCUCU